CCUCCAGUCGCCUUCUUUCUCCCCUCCGGCGAACGUCCAACAGCCGCGACACAGCCUCGACUCCUCUCCCACAGCGAUACCUCCGGCAAACCCCUUCGGCGUUCCAACCAUGCAACCCUUCCUCAUCGUGUCUUCAGAUAAUGUUUGAUAGAAUCUUAUUGGGAAAACAAAGUGUGUGAAUCACAUUCAGUAGAGUGGGAGAAAAGGUGAAGAAAUUUAAGAGAGGAUUUUGAAGGAUGAAUGAUAGCUCAGCUAGAGAAAUGAAUGAUAGUUUAGCCGCUAUUACUGAGAGACAACCUCAAAGGCCUUGUGGUUGUGUGGGUAUUUUCUUUCAGCUCUUUGAUCGGAAUCGUAGAUUUGCCAAGAAGCUGUUUCCAAAGAAACUGCUUUCACCAGCUUGCUUGAAACAAGCUUCAAAAAAGUUUGGAGGGGAUGAGAAGCAGCCAAACCUUCGUUUGAUUGCUGAUGAGAACAGUGGGGGUUUUCCAAAUGCAAAGAAUAAUGAAAUGACCAAUACACGUUGUGAAAGCAAGCGCGAAAUGAAAGCUCCAAGUUUUGUUGCUAGGCUCAUGGGUUUGGAAUCGAUGCCAGCAGGAUCAGGCAGUAAGCCCCAAAAGGCUUCAGCUUCUGAAACUUGGAGCAAUGUGGCAGAAAAACUUGGUGCUCGACCUGGUGGAUCUGAUGAAGAAGAUAUGGAUUU